AUGCAUGAUACUACCACCAUCGACGGCAAGCAUGCCAAAGACCCAAAGGGCUGGCAUGGCACCUUCGCCUUCAAAGCAGACAAUCAAGUGCAACGGCAAUUCCAUGUAGCAUCACAUGGGUAUACCAAUGGCAAGGAGAACUUCACUCUUAAUGAGGCAACGCACACUCCGGAGAAAGCUGAUGGAACUCCUCGGGGUGGGAAGAGGUCUGGAAAGGUUGUUUGGCCAGCUGAUGACCUACUUGAGGAAUAUGUGGACAGUCCCAUCGCUUACUCACACCUGCCUGAAAGGAAUUAA